CCUUUAAGAGCGGAAAAUGCUCCCAGUUGUGGUUCUGCUGCUGUAGGCUGGGAGGUAAAUGGCAUUCCAGUGCCGCAGGCCAGUUUCCACUUGGAAAGUCUGGGUUUCAGCCCACUGAUCUCUUUGGUCGCUGAACAGCUUCUGCACAGUUGUUGCUUUUCGGGAGCAUUAGAAAAACUCAAGAGUGGGUCCAACAUGGCAUCGCAGCAACUCGGCCUGAGGUUGUUGUUCCUGGUUGUCGUGGCAAUGCUAACACUUCUUACAGUGGCAGAAACUGGAAAAUCCCCAUCCGAGUCGACGAUUGACGUUCCUUCUUCCAAGGCCAAAGAAUUCCUUCUGAAGCUGAGCAGAUCCAAGAGGAACAUCUGGGAUCGAAGCAGACCUGACGUCCAGCAGUGGAUCAUGCAGUUCAUGCAGCUGGGAUAUGAUGAGCAGAGGCUGGAGGCCGACCUGUCUUACUGGAUGGACCAAGCCCGCGCCAGCGACCACGGCCGCCAGCACCACUACGAUGAAAACUCCCCCUAUGGACCAUGAAUCUGGCUCCUACACACAGUCAAAAACCGUCUAUUAUCCACAUCUGCUAGUUACUCCUCCAAAUGAUCUACAUGUAGUUUUAAUCUGAGUAAUCUCUUCAAACAAUGGGAUCUACUCAGAAAUCUGUUGGGAUUUGCCUGCUUGGAAAUAAAGAUUUCCUGCACAGA